GAAUCAUAUUACUCAUACUUGCCGCCGCAUUGAGCGUUCGUGCAACACUCUAUGCGUCGCCGUCGUCGUGGUAGUGUGUCGUCGAUUGUGCAUUGAAUUACUCUCAAUGAUUCUUUAAAUUUACUCGCAUUUUUCCAUGUUAAUAUCGUUAUUUUUAACAGUGUUAGUGUAGUGGAACUUAAUUUUUGGUCUAGUGUUUUGGUGAUUAAUAACUCUUUCCGAAUGAAUACAAUAGUAUUAUUUUGUAUGCAUUCUGAAUGUCGAUUAUCAACUAAUGGAUACUGUUGGAAAUGCAUUUUACUGAGAUAAAUAAAAAAAAUAUGGCGACUUGUAUGGAAUUAAAACGAACGAUCAUGGGAAUUUAUGUAUGGUCUCUAGAUGCUAUUUUACAUCUCACUUAAUCGUAAUCGCAGUCAAUAUUCAACCAUCAAGCAUUCCAGCUUAGAAAUUUUGACUUUAAAAAUGAUUAUUAAUUAUGAUAUGUGAUGGCUAAUAGUGAAACCAGAAUGUGGGGCCACAGUGUAGUAUCUUCUGGUCCAGUCACAGUAACAUCAAUAAAUUUGAUUGCGCCUCAUUUGCCAAAUACGCAAAUUACAACAAUUAAAGAAGAACCACAUGACCGUACUGAUGGAAUGGUGAAUGAUAAAAAAGACUAUUCCUUAGAUGAUAUUGGUUCAGAAUGUGAUAGAGAAGUAAGUAAAAUAGAUUUCUCUGGUGUAACUAUGAGGAGCAAAAAAAUGAGAGCUGUUGAAGACAAUAUGCCCCGUCCUAUGUCAUGGGAAGGAGAACUCUCAGAUUUAGAUGUAAAGCAGGACGAUGAUGAUGAUGAUGCCAACAUGGAUGUCCAAGCAGUAAAUCAAAAUUAUUUAUCACCUAAACAAGAGUCAUUAAAUAAUCAUGGUUCCCGUGGGAAACUAAUAGGCUACAAUGAAAAAAAUUUGGUGGAUAGAGUUAUGGAACAUGUAAAAAGUAAAGUUAAUUCAUCUAGUUCGGAAAUUCCUCUGCUAGUCGAUCAGUUAUUAGGUGGAGAAUACAGUCCACUAUUGCAGCAUAAGACUAAUAGUAUAAAACAGCCAUCACAUAUUCCACCAACACAAAGUCCAGAUUCGGCUAUACACUCAUGUUGUUCACCCGUACAAUCUCCUAUUACCUCUAGACAUAAUCCACCAUCAUCUUCAGGAUUUUCAUCUCCAUCUACAUUUACUCCAUCCUCAUUAUCAAGAAAUAAUAGUGAUGCUUCACAAUAUGGUGGAUCCCAACAUAGCUCUUGUUAUAGUCAAAGUUAUUCUUCAGUAUCUGUAUCACCAACACAAUUUUCACCUUCUCAGUCUCCCAUUCAACCCAGACAUAUACAAAGGAAUUUUCAUGAGUAUCCAGUAACAGAAGAAACUAAUGGAUUUGAAGAAAAGAUGACAUUAUCUGAUAUUGGACAACAACAUAGUAUUACUUCUGGGAUUUCUAGACAACAACUAAUUAAUAGCCCUUGUCCAAUCUGUGGUGAUAAGAUAUCUGGAUUCCAUUAUGGAAUAUUUUCAUGUGAAAGUUGUAAAGGAUUUUUCAAGCGUACAGUCCAAAAUCAUAAGAAUUAUGUAUGUCUGCAUGGUUCUGCUUGUUUAAUUACUAUAGCCACUCGCAAAAAGUGCCCAGCAUGUCGUUUUGAUAAAUGUUUGAAUAUGGGUAUGAAACUUGAGGCUAUCAGAGUAGAUAGAACGCGUGGUGGAAGAAGUACUUACCCAUUUACAUAUACUAUACCACAAUCCAAUAUUCAAUCACAACAUGGAAAUCAACAUUCUGGAACAGUUAAUAACACAAUAGAUAAUAAAGCUAAACAAGAAGAUCAAGUAUGUAGAUCUUCACCUCAAGAAACAACUAGACUAAUCCCACAAUUAUUACAAGAAAUAAUGGAAGUGGAACAUCUUUGGACAUACAACGAAGGUGCUUUUGAUUCUUCAAAUACAAAUGGAAGUUCUUCCAACCAUUUUGGUGGUGCCAAAGAAUUAGCUAAAAGUCGCCUUAUGUCAGAAAAUAAAGGAACUGACUUUCUUUCAAACUUAUGUAACAUUGCUGAUCAUAGAUUAUAUAAAAUAGUUAAAUGGUGUAAAUCAUUACCACUAUUUAAAAAUAUUUCGAUAGAUGAUCAAAUUUCUUUACUUAUUAAUGCUUGGUGUGAGCUCCUACUAUUCAGCUGCUGCUACAGGUCAGUUAGUAGUCCAGGUGAAAUAAGAGUUAGUCUUGGAAAGUCAAUAUCAUUAGAACAAGCUAAAGAUUUGGGUUUGGCUCCAUGCAUUGAACGUAUGCUGAAUUUUACUCAACAUUUAAGACGUCUAAGGGUUGAUAGAUAUGAAUAUGUUGCAAUGAAAGUAAUUGUUUUGUUAUCAUCAGAUACAAAUGAUCUGAAAGAACCUGAAAAAGUUCGAGCUUCUCAAGAGAAGGCUUUACAUGCAUUACAACAGUAUACAAUAGCCCAUUAUCCAGAUAUGCCAUCAAAAUUUGGAGAGCUUCUAUUAAGAAUACCUGAUUUGCAGCGUACUUGUCAGCUCUCUUAUGAAAUUGGAACUGUGGUUGGAAAAGAAAUGUUAUCGAUAAAAAGCAAAGAAGGGGAAGGGCAAAGUUUUAACUUAUUAAUGGAGUUAUUAAGAGGUGAUCAUUAAGUUGUAUUAUUUUAAAGAAAUAUUUGUGAAAGAGUUUUCUAUUAAUGUUAGUUAAAAAUAUAGAUAAAUUGUAUUUUAAAUAAAUAAAAGAGCUGAAUUUGUUAAAAAUUAUUGAAUGAAAAAUAAUUGGUAAUAUGUUAUAUAAGUUAAACUAUAGUCAAAUUUUAUUAUUGUGAAUAUAAUUUGCAAAUAAAAUAUAUAGUUACUAAAAUUAUUAAUAAAUAUUUGAAGUAUAAAUUCAGAACAGUCUGAAUCCUGUGAUCUUAAAUAUAAAUAGGAUUAACUUUUUUUUGUAUAUGUGUAAUCUGUACACACACACACAUAUAUAUAUAUAUUUGUUUGAAGCAGGGUUUUAACUUUUAAAACCUUAUUUUAGUAUUAUUGUAUAUAUUUUUACUGUAAUUCUAUGUACUUAAAGUAAUGGUACAUAACAAAAUUAGUGAUGGGCAAGUUCCACGAAAAGUUUAUUUUUUUUUAUGAAAGUCUAUAUACCAAUAAACAUGUAUGUAAAAUCAUUAUAAUAUAACAAUAUGAAUAUUAAAUUAUUUUAAAAUCUUGUGAUAUGUACCACAAUGGUAUUAUAUGUAUUAAGGCAAAAUAUCAUGUCUUGUCAUCUAAGUGUCAUCUUUAAUUUUAUUCUUGUGCAAUAAUUUAUGUUACCAAAAUUGUAUUAACUGUUUCAUUGUUAAUUAUAUACAUCUUUUGAAAAAAUUAUUUUGCCCAUCACUCUGUAGUUUUUUAUUUGGUAUUAAAUAAUUUAAAUAUAACAUUUAAAAACCCUAUAUAAUUAUUGUAUAAUAUAAUUUUAAAUAAUAUAAAAUGUAAUAUAGGUUUGUGUUAACAUUAACAUUUACAUUAAAUUAUUUUUUAAUUUAAAGAAUCUGAAACUUGUACCUCAUGUAUUAAUAAUAUCAAUAGCAAUAUUAAAUUAUGUCAAUAUAAAAUUUCUCAAUGUAAUUUUUUUAAUAGAUAAUUCAAUAAUCAAUAAUUGGAUACAUUUUUAAUU